GGGGCUGCCGCCUCCGAGCGGGAGCGGGCGGCGCCGAGGAUGAGCUGGUUCAACGCCUCGCAGCUGUCCAGCUUCGCCAAGCAGGCGUUGACCCAAGCCCAGAAAUCUAUCGACCGGGUGUUGGACAUCCAGGCCGAGGAGAGCCCCUGGCCCGACGCCGUCAUCCCCGACUACGGCGACGGAACAAAUUCUCUUAUAAGUGGAGGAUGGGAUACUUCUUCUUGGGGUUUAAGUUCAAAUACAGAACCACAGAAUCAGCCAGUAUCACCAACUGCAAUCACCAAACCAGUGAGGAGAACAGUAGUAGAUGAAUCUGAAAACUUCUUCAGUGCCUUUCUCUCUCCAACGGAUGUUCAGAGCAUACAGAAAAAUCCAGUGGUGUCCAAACCUCCGGCCAAAUCACAGCGACCCAAGGAGGAGGUGAAAAGCACUUUAAAAGAGCCUCAGCACUUCAGUCAGCUGGAAGUACUGGUGACUACAGAAGCAGAAGUAAAAGAUUCCUCUGUAGGUGGCCUAGCAGACUUGAAAAACAUUGAUAGCUCAAAGGAGAAACCAGAAGAGAAUUCUGUGCUUAAAUCUAAUGCUGAGCGUGAAGAAAGCACAAAUGAAGUUGCUGACGAAAAGGCGUCUGCUCUCAAUUUGAAAGAACCUGAGGAUGCUCUUAAUGAAAAAUCCAGUGUGGGGACAGAUAGAACUGGAGAUGCACUGGGUAGCAACUCACAGCCUCUUAAUACAGGUACAAAAGAUGUGGGCUUGGAAACUAAAGAACAAAAAACUGAGGACAGGCAGAGCAAUACACCGUCACCCCCAAUAAGCACUUUCUCCUCAGGAACAUCCACAACUAGUGAUAUUGAAGUUUUGGACCAUGAAAGUGUAAUAAGUGAGAGCUCAGUCAGUUCAAGACAAGAAGCUGCAGAUUCCAAAUCCAGUCUUCAUCUAAUGCAGACAUCAUUUCAGCUUUUAUCUACAUCUGCCUGUGCAGACUAUAAUCGUUUGGAUGACUUUCAAAAAAUGACCGAAAGCGGCUGCUCCUCUGAUGCCUUUGAAAGAAUAGAUUCAUUUAGUGUACAGUCUUUAGAUAGUAGAAGUGUAAGUGAAAUAAAUUCAGAUGAUGAGUUAUCAGGCAAGGCUUGUGCUUCAGCAUCUGUUGCUAUCAGUCCUUCUGCGCCAAAGACAGAAACAGUUGCCACCCUGAAAAGUAAAUCUGAAGAUGUGAAUGACAGUCCUGUGGUACACACUGAGGAAGCUGAGAUGGAAGAGAGUGGGAGAAGUGCAACACCUGUUAAUUCUGAGCAGCCAGAUGUUUUGGUGUCUGCUGUGCAAACUGAGGAACAGGUUGGGAAAGAGGAGACUGAGCCUCAGCCCAAUGCUGAUGGAGAGGUGCUGGAAGGGGACUCUGAAAUGGAAAAGCUUAAAAAGAUGAUUGAUUCGUUAAAUGAGAAACUGGAGAAGAGAGAAACACAGUUACUGAGUACAAGUAAAGAGAAGGCGCGGCUGGAAGAAGCUUAUGAUAACCUAAAGGAUGAAAUGUUUAGAAUGAAAGAAGAAACCAGCAGCAUUUCAUCUCUUAAGGAGGAGUUUGCACAGCGAAUAGCAGAUGCUGAAAAGAAGCUCCAGCUAGCAUGCAAAGAAAGAGAUGCAGCUAAAAAGGAAGUAAAGACUGUUAAAGAAGAGUUGGCUACUAGACUUAAUACCAAUGAAACUGCUGAAUUACUGAAAGAGAAAGAGGAGCAAAUCAAAGGAUUGAUGGAGGAAGGAGAAAAACUUUCCAAACAACAACUUCACAAUUCCAACACUAUUAAGAAAUUAAGAGCAAAGGAGAAAGAAAGAGAAAAUAUUAACUCAAAGCAGAACAAAAAGAUCAAGGAACUGGAAGAAGAGUUGCAGCAUUUAAAACAGGUACUUGAUGGCAAGGAAGACCUUGAGAAGCAGCAUCGAGACAGCAUUAAACAACUGAAUGUUGUUGUGGAGCGACAAGAAAAGGAUCUUGCCAAGCUUCAAGCAGAAGUGGAAGACCUUGAAGAACGGAACAGAAGUGUCCAGGCAGCUCUUGACAGUGCAUACAAAGAACUUGCAGAUCUUCACAAGGCUAAUGCUACAAAGGACAGUGAGGCACAAGAAGCUGCCCUGAGUCGGGAAAUGAAGGCAAAGGAAGAGCUUGGGUUAGCACUGGAGAAGGCCAAGGAUGAGGCACGGCAGCAGCAAGAAGCUUUGGCAAUUCAGGUGGCAGACCUGAGGCUAGCUCUGCAACGUGCAGAACAGCAGGCUGCAAGAAAAGAAGACUAUUUACGUCAGGAAAUCAGUGAACUACAACAGAGACUCCAGGAAGCAGAGAGCCGGAACCAAGAACUAAGUCAAAGUGUUACGUCUGCUACACGGCCUCUUCUCAGGCAGAUAGAGAAUUUGCAGGCCACGCUGGGAGCACAAACCUCUGCGUGGGAGAAAUUGGAAAAGAACCUUUCUGACAGACUUGGUGAGUCUCAAACUCUUCUAGCAGCAGCUGCUGAGAGAGAACGGGCCGCUACAGAAGAGCUUAUGUCUAAUAAAGUUCAGCUGUCUUCUACUGAGUCUCAGAACAGCCGCUUAAGGCAAGAGAAUAGUCGUCUCCAGGCUCAGGUGGAAAUGGAGAGAAACAAAUUGAAGAAAAUUGAAGUUGAGAACAGCAGGUAUGAGGUUGAACUAGAAGAACUCAAAGAUGAGUAUGCAAAAACUUUGGAAGAUGCAAAGAAAGAAAAGGCACUGCUGACUACUCAGUUAGAAAUGGAGAAAAUGAAGAUUGAACAGGAAAGAAAGAAGGCAAUUUUUGCACAAGAAGCAGCAAAGGAAAAGGAUCGGAAGUCAUUUACAGUUGAAACUGUUUCAAGCACUCCCACUAUGUCUCGCUCUAGUUCCAUAAGCGGAGUUGAUAUGGCAGGCCUUCAGACCUCUUUUCUGUCACAGGAUGAUCCUCAUGAUCACUCAUUUGGACCAACAGCUUCCGGUGGGAGCAAUCUUUAUGAUGCUAUAAGGAUGGGAGCAGGUUCAAGUGUAAUUGAAAACCUUCAAUCACAGUUAAAACUAAGAGAAGGAGAGAUCUCACAUCUACAGCUGGAAAUUGGAAACCUGGAGAAAACUAGAUCAAUAAUGGCAGAAGAACUGGUUAAAUUAACAAAUCAAAAUGAUGAACUUGAAGAAAAAGUGAAGGAAAUACCAAAAUUGCGUGCACAGUUAAAGGACUUGGAUCAAAGGUACAAUACCAUUCUUCAGAUGUAUGGGGAGAAAGCAGAGGAAGCUGAAGAGCUCCGGCUGGAUCUUGAGGAUGUGAAAAACAUGUAUAAGACUCAGAUAGAUGAACUUUUAAAACAAAGACAAAACUAACUCCUGCUGGAGCUCCUCACGUGAUAUGGUAACAGAUUGUGUAGAUAUUUGUUUAUGUAAAUGCUGGAUUCAAAUGUCUUGUUUAAAAAAAAAAAAAAAAAGAGAAUUAAGUGUAUGAUAGAAAGUGUGUCUAUACAAUAGAGUUCAUAUGUUGACAAAAAUCAAUGCUUUAAAUGUCUUCUACUGUCUGCAGUUAAAUUAUUUGUGCAAUAUUUAAAGAAAAUAAGUUAUCUCUGUAUUUCUGUUUUUACUAAAAAAGGACCAUUUUACUUACAAAAACACUAGCAGGAAAGAUGGUUGUUACCUCAUGAGACAGCACUGAAAGGCAUGAGAUUUACAAGUGGCCCUUCAUAUUCUCAUAGACCAGUGACAAAUGAGAAGUCUUUUUAAAAUGUUCUUUAGAAGAGUUUUUUCUAAAAUUUGACCAGAUCGUUUUUAGUAAUGAAAUAGCAGUGGUUUGCUGUCUGAAGGAUGAUUGGAUGUAUAUAUAUUUUUAAAUAAAAGAAUUGCUGCUGCUCUCAUGUAGUCAUUCCUGGUAUAUAAAUAGCAAGGUUUAGACAGAACUGGAUUGCUGCUUAAUAUAGUUUUCAAGCAAGUCUCCAGUGGCUGCAAAGUAUUUCUCAUGCCAUUCCUUGAGUGAGGUAUUGGUCAAACAGCAUCCACGUGGCUUGAUCCUUAGCCAUGUUUUGGGUCAUGUCAGAGGAAACUUCGGAACUGGACCCUUGGGAAUGCUGAGAAUCAGGGGAAGAAGCUUGCCUCCUCCUCUUUGCAUUCCAGCCAGCAAAUAUUUCUCUUUAUCUCAGAGCUGUGGCUGUGAUAGACACUCGUGUGAAAUACUCCACAGUUUAAAUUCUUGGCCUGUCACACUGUUGCCUCCACUGUGAGGGGUUUCUUUUGCGUUUGUGUUGGAGAACACUGUUUCUGCUUCUGUAUUCAGUGGACAGAAGGAGGCAAAGGGUACAAAUGAUGAGAAGCUGCUUUUGGUGAAAAGCCUCUCAGAAUUUAUCACUUUGCCAUCAUAGUGAAAUGUUCUCAGUUGCUUUAAGUUAAAAAAGAAAAAGCCCACAACAAAAAGACCAACCCAAAAUGAAGGCAGUUAUCAGAACUUACUGAUUUGCAGCAUGCUAAGUCAGCCAGAAUUAUGAUGUGCAACUGUCAGCUCAUCCAUUUCUUGAAAAGCAAAACAAAGAACAAAAGGACCCCCAAAACAAUCCAUACACCCUAUUUCAUGAAGAUUAAUGUUGAGAAACAGCUGUUAUUCUUUGCAGAGAACCAGUAGUUUGCUCUUUUUACGAUCUUGGAAGACAAAUGGAGCACUUUGAAGAUGUAUAGAAACCACUUUAUGGCUUUUAUUUGGACUUAGAACUGCCAGUGUUUCUGAAGGUAACAUUUUCUUUCUAACGUGUGUGUGGAUGCUCCUUCACAUGCAGGUUUGAGCACCUCAAACUGUCUUGUGCUUCCAGGAGGGAAAUGAGAAAUUAACACGCACACUCAGCGUUAACAUUUUUUAGAUACAAAAACAUUUGAGAUUUUUAAAUUUUACAAAAGCAGAUGUAAAUAGCUGUAUUGACUCUUUCUGGAUUCUUUUAUUCUCAUUCAGUGCAACAUUUACUAUCACACAGCAAUCCAGGGGCCUACUGUGUCUUAAGCAUCAAAGCCUUAGAAACCAGAGUAGCUGCUGGAAGGUAAUGUAGACUUCAACGUGUUUUGAUUCACUUUGAUAUCAUACCUGUGGGCUUGUUUUGAGGAAAUGUUAAUGUAUACCAGGACAUUUGAUGCUUGUUGCUAUGAAAAGGAAAAAAAAAAAAAAACAUGCAAAAAGCAAGCAUUUAGGUCACAGUGCUGCCAUCCUCUUCCGUUUAAAUUUGUUAUUUUUAAGUAACCCUCGUGGAAGCAACUAAUUUACAGCCCAUUCUCACUGCAAGUGUGGAGGAAGGUUAUUUAAGGGCUCCCUCAAAGUAUGCUGUUCAGAGGGGUCUUAUUUCAUGCCUUUGGUAAAUGAGGGCAAGGCCUCUGCCAGGGGAGGUGGGUUUGGAUGAGUACAGAAGGGGCUGGCAUGGUGUUGGGUUGGUGUUGCCUCCUCCAGCAACAAAGAAGCAAGCUUUAAAAAACCACACGUAUCCAUCCAUUGGAAAAAGGGUUGGUUCUGUUCAUUUUUGUCCCGUUAACAUGUUUGUUACAAUGCGCGUUUUGUUAAGGGCUAUGGAGGUCCUAAAUAAGGAACAACGUGGGUUACCCCGCGGUGAAAACGGGACUUUGGUUUCUAAUUGUAAAAUGUGUACAGACUGUACAGAGCACGGGUCGGGGUGAAAUAAAACUUUAUGCUAA